AUGCUGCUACAGUUGACACCUUCCUCCAUCUUGAGAGCUUUAACUCAUGUGUGUUCCCCAUGUUCACUUUCCUCCUCACAGCAUUUCCACCACCGUUCCACCAUGUGGCAUCCGAUCUCAUGGACACCACGUGCCCAGUGGUCACCCAGGCACUUAAAGCUGGUCACUGUCUAUGUGCUGGUGCUCUUGGUGUCACUCAGCUUCGCUUCAGGACAGAGCAGGCCAUUUAAACAUCAGAUAGACAACAGAAGUCCUGAGAUUGAUCCUUUUUGGUAUGUGGGCCGUGGUGUUCGCCCCAUCGGUCGGUUUGGAAAGAGGCAGCUGAGAAGCAGCCACAGCAGCCUGAGGCCUGUGAGCAAGCACCUGGAUUUCAUCUUGAAUGCUUUGUGGGAGCAAAAAGUGUCAGAGACAGAAGACAAUGACUGGUGAUCCCCGCUUCCCGAGGUGGUGACCCAACCUCUGCUCUUUUUGUUUUGCCCUUCCCUGCACCUCAGACUGCCAGUUCUGCUUUUGCCUAGAAACCCCAUGCUGCUCUUACUUCUGGUCCUUGUGCAAGUUCCUUCAAAAAGAUACUUAUACAGGGUGCAGGCAAAAGACAAUGCAUGGACACUAGUGCUAAGUGCAACUAUAGCUUAGAAAAAUGCUUCUCUGUUCCCACCAAUUCCUUGAUGAUGUUCACUGUAAUGUUAAGUUUAUUCCAAACCUGCACAGCUUUUCUGCUGGGAUUUAAACUCUGCAGUGUUAAGCAUAUCACAAAGCCUUCCUGUCACAUUUCAAAAUCAAUGGCUGUUGGUAUGUAAAAAUAAAAAGCAAUGGUUGGAAGAAAAAGGCUCUCAUGAAUUGUUAAUGUAUCUGCAUUAAUGGCAUGAAAUACUGGUGCUCUGU